AUGAUUUUCACCCUUAACUUCCAAGUGCUAACUUGCCUGGUGGUGUACGUGUCAUGCGUACACGCAAUCAAGGUGACUUUUGGUACUAAGAAUGGGCCUAUCGAGCCUCCGACGCCCGAGCCGCUGCCAUCGCCGCAGCCGUUCCGGGUGCCAGCUCCUGUCUGGGAACAAAGAUCUGAUGAUUCACCAGACCCUAAUGCUCAUUGGAGACCUCAGCUUUUCAAGCCCCAGCCGAGGUACACUGAAAUUAUUUUUGCUGUGCCCUCUCAACCCCAGCAACUUCAAAACAACGCACUGCGUUUCGUCAACUCAUACAAACCAGCUCAUCAGCCAAUUCAAGCGCAACCCGUUCGAGAUUAUUUCACACCAUCCCAAAUACUUAGUUCUCAGAGCCUACCAGGCAUCGGUCUUCGCUAUCUCGUCCCCAAAUACAUAACUGAACUGCAAGCAAGGAAAGAGCAGAAGAAGCAGGAAGAUGCAAAACAUAAUGAUAUUGAAACAAAUGAUAUAUUUGGACCAAAUAAGGAAUCUAGCAGUGAUCUCCUUUGGAAAUAUGAAAAGGAUUCCUCGAAAAGAAACUUAAGACACACGUUAGAAGGCACAGCAAGACCCAUCUAUGUGUGGCCGGCGUACGUGCAACCUAGACAU